AUUCCGUCGAGUUGUAGCGAGGUUUCCGAUGAUUCCGAAGCUUCACCAGGGCCAGCAUCACCCUCUGCUGUUAAUCAUGGACCUUCUGUGAAACAGAAUGCUCAUCUACAUGAGCGCCAUGCAAGUCAAUUACCGGAGUAUGUGCUAGCUCUAGCAGCCCAUUCAGCAGAAAAUCAACUCAAGGAGCAGGCCCUCGCGGCUUUCCCCAACGAACAAGUCUAUCAGCCCGUGGAUCAUUUUGCAGUUGACAGAGAGGAUGAUGACUCUCCGAAGGAUGAUGAGCUACAAGUCCGCACAAAAAUAUUUACAUCUGGCAUACAUCGACGGGCCUCGUCCGCAGAUCUGCCAUGGGAACUUGAGUACUUGCGCAGGCAUAAGGAGGAGGCCGAGAUGUGUGAUCGUGCUAUGGCUGGAACAAAGGGAUUGCAUUUCUCACCCCCUGAUAGGCGACCUUUUGACGGAGCUAGCGAGACUCGUGGAAUCUGGGCUGGUGGGUUUGGUUUGAGACAAACAAGGCCAGGCAUAAGUCCGCCCAUGCUUGGAGAAGAUCUUGUAUUCCCACAUAGUGUUUCCCCCGAAACAACAAUAUGUGAGAGCAGCAACGUUGAACAUUACAUCACCCAAGACAAACGGUAUCACAAUGCUGGGCUUUGGUAUGCAAACCGCCACCUUUUCGAUGACUGUGAUGGUGGCGGUCUUUGGAUGGGAACUUGUAAAUCCAACAAGUGCCUUUCUCGGUUGGGAGAUUCGCACUCAACGAGCCCGCGUUCAAGCGGCAAUGCCGGUGGACACACUCAAUGCUCAACCGAAACCUUGACAGGUUGUGAGAAACAGUCGUCAUCAGAUGUCUCAAGGGAUGCUGAAAGCUUGGACUCGAGCCACACGAGACAACAUGCUAGCGAAGAGGACCUUGACCACGAGUUGACCGAUAGCUUUGUGACUCAGAUCUACAAUUAUCUGUCCCUGGGCUAUCCCUCUGUUGCUCGCUACUAUGAUCAUGAACUCAGUAUCAUUUCUGGAAUCUCUGUAGCAGAUCUGAGACGUGAUGACUUAAAGACAGAUGCGAAGGGUUACGUCAGUGUUAUGGAUGGGGGUCCGACGGAUCGGAAGGUAGAGAAAGGCCUAUGUAUGCGGUGGAUCGCACUGCGCUUAUAUAUACAAGAGUGGGCUAGGAAACGGCCCAAGGUGGCUGACGACGGUAUUCAUGGAACAUGGGGAGUCUGUGAACGAAAGGGCAGCUGGGCCAUCUGA